AUGAGCUCAAGCAUAUUCAAUACUGGUCAAGAGGAGGAAGAUCCAUGGUCUUCGUCAGCUACUAAUUGGGAUGAUAACAAUCUUCAAAAACAACAACCAUAUCAAUCAACGUAUUUAACAUCGUCACAAUUACUAAAUCGAGAUAGUUCUACUCCUGCAUUAACUUCAUCCCCUAUUCAUAAUAAUAAUCAAUCAUCAAUACAAACUCAUAGUUCUCUCACUAAUAUUCCUCAAAGUUAUGAGACUUUACAUUCUGAAUUGAUUGAUAAGAUUUCCAAUAUAAACGAUUUUGAGUUUCAUAUUUUAAAUAAAUUGGUUGAACUAGAAUAUUUAACAAGCUAUCAAAAACUGAAACUUUUGGACAUAAUAUAUGACAAUGACCUAUUACCAGUUACAAACACAUCGAAAUUUUAUCAAAUUUUAGGAUUAAUAGCAUUAGAAAUAGAUGUACCAGGAUCAGGAGACUUCGUCACUUUACAAUUUAAACUGAAUAGUUUACCUGAAUUACCUCAAAAAUUUUUAAAACUAAUUGAAAAACUGGAAAAACAGAAUUCAAAAUUCGACGACCCCUUGAUGGCUAACACAUCUAGAAAUCAAGAUGACGAAUCUGAUGUGGAUGACUGGAAUAAUCAAUCUAAAGUAAUUGAUCCAAUUUUGACUGAUCAUUCAAAUACUUCAAUCGCCUUGAAUGAUGAAGAUAAUGACAAUAACGAUGAUGGGGACAACACUAAAAAGACUAGCCCUGAAGAUAGCCAGUUCGUAGAGAAGUAUAUCGAAGACAUAAGAAAUGAAUUCAAACCGUUAUGGUCAGGUGAAGAUUUGAUCAAGAUUAAAGAAGUACCGGAAAAAGAAGGUUUGUUGUUCAAACACAUCAAUUACAUAAUUGUACACAAUCUAAGUUUAGGAACCAUCUCCUCAAGCGCUCAAAAAAAGGUAAUAAGAAGAUACUCGGACUUUGCAUGGUUAUUGGAAUAUUUGUUAGAGAAAUAUCCAUUUAGAGUUAUACCGGGUCUACCUCCCAAAAAAUUUACUGCCUCACCUGAUUCCCAAUUUUUACAAAGAAGAAGACGUGGACUACAUAGGUUCUUGAACCAAUUGAUUAAGCAUCCAGUUUUUAAAGAAGAACCAAUUGUUCAAACUUUUUUAACUGUACCUACCGAUUUAACAACAUGGAAGAAACAGGCCAAAAUCGACUAUUCUUUGGAAUUCAAGGGAGAAAAAAUUCAAACUCAAUUUAUUAAUAUAAUUUGGCCAAGUAUAAGUCAGAACUUUUUGAGAAAUUGGUCAAUCGCUGAACAAAAUAUUAGAUUCAUUAUUGAAAAAUGGACAAAGAUUGUAAUUAUCAUUGAAAGACAUGAAAGAAGACAACAACAACAAAGUUACGAUAAUCAGAAGUUUGUUGAAAUUUUGAAUCAAUUCAAAAGACUAGACUACGCAAUUUAUCCACCACCUCCAAUCAACUCUAAUGACCAACAGGAACAAUCAGUUAGCAACACAUCUCAAUAUUUGCAAAAUAACGACAUUGAAGCUAUAAACUCAAACCUAUCUAAAAUUGGUGAAUACUAUAAUAAAGCUUCUCAAUUGAUAAUUGAUGACAACUAUUUGAUCAAUACCAAAACGUUGGAAAAAUUCAAAAAUUUCAUGGAUUAUUUAUAUUCACUUCAAGAAUUAUUUGAAAGAAGUAAAAAAUUAUCCGUAAAUCAAAUUGACACACUUAACAAGAGAAUAAAGGAAAAUGAAACAAGAUUUAAAAAGUUAAUGGAAGAAAAUUCAGAUAUAAAAGGAUCAGAAAUUACAAAAUUAAGAUCGGUUAUAAUUAAUGAUAAACAAGAAAUUUUUCAACAAUUGAAUAAAGAUUGGUUAAUUAAACAAUGUUGCUUCAAAGAAUUUAUUAUGUUUCAAGAAACUCAGUUUUUAAUUACUGAAAUAUGGCAAGAAUGGUGUAAAGAAAGAUUCAAAUUUCAAGAAAAAGUUUUUAACAUAAGUGAUAUUUUGAAUAAUGAAAUAACUGGCGAUAUGCCAUUAACUAGAUGA